AUGGGUGGUGAAGAGCAUUAUGAGCAAUAUGCUAUAGCAAGUUACAAUGGUCACGGACCAAUUUUUGGCGGCAAAGAUAUUGUCUCUCCUAAUAAUGGAAAAUGGACCUCUAUUCCACGUGUAUAUCCCAACCUUAAUAUUCCUACAAGUUAUGAAAUUGAUGAUUAUGAAGUUUUUCAGAAACAUUUUUAUCCCAUGUUUACUAAUGAAGAAAAUUCAGCAGAUGUAGUAGUAUUAUUAAUAUUCAAUUUUGAACUUGGUUGUGCUGCCAUUGAAAUAAAUUCCAUGAAUUGGUGA